AUGAUCGCCAAACGCCCAUUGACGUCGCUUCUCACCCGCGGCGUGCAAACCGCCUCGCGCACUUCCACCCCCGCAUUCGCACCUACCAUCCUCUCGAGCUCGAGAUCGUUCAGCUCGAGACUUCUUCCCCAGAAGAGCACAAGAUGGACGCCGGUCCAGAUCCAGGAACAGAAAUCCAGACAAUACCCUAACCAGUCGAUCCGAUGGAACAGCAGCGCUGAGAAUUCUUUCAGAAAGUGGGGCUUCGAAGAUGUAUGUCCUCCCUCUAUCCCCUUCUCUCAAUCCAUAAGGGAAGCAAAGAAACAGAAACAGAAACAACCGAGAGAAGAGAAUCGACCCCUAACCACAUACACCUAUCUACAGAUCAACGCCUCCCUCCCCUCAACAUCCGCCUCCUCGCCCCCCUCCUCGCCUCAGAAAUCGCUCAUUCUCGUCGACGUCCGUGAACCCGCCGAGUUAACCGCCACGGGGGUGAUCCCGUCCGCCGUAGCCGUGCCUCUCUCAUCGCAACCUGACGCGCUGUUCCUGACGCCAGACGAGUUCGAAACGCGGUUCGGGUUCCCCAAGCCCGGCGCCGUCGAGGGCCAGGAGACCGGCGAUAUCGUAUUCUAUUGCAAGGCCGGAGUUAGGGCGAAACAGGCGGCGCAGUUGGCCGUUAUGGCUGGGUAUGAUCCUAAGAGAGUGGGUGUUUAUUAUGGGAGCUGGUUGGACUGGGCAGGAAAGGGCGGCAGGGCGGAGAAGUGGGAUGGGGAAGAUUAUGAGUAG